UGGAGGACAGAUCUCCGUGAGGCUGGGAGCAUUUCAGGGUUUGUCAUGCUCAAUUCCAGGAAUGAAAGUGAGGAUAUCAAGAAUAUUGUUGAGCAUGUUUGUGAAAUAUUGGACAAGAAAGACUUGUUCGUUGCUAACCAUCCUGUAGGAGUAAACUCUCGCGUGCAAGAUUUGAUCAAAAUGUCAGAAAGCCAUCCACCAAAUGAUGUUCUCCUCCUUGGGAUCUGGGGGAUGGGUGGUAUAGGCAAAACAAUAAUUGCCAAGGCCAUUUACAAUGAAAUUGGUGGAAAUUUUGAGAGCAGAAGUUUUCUUUCAAAUAUUAGGGAGGUCUGGGAGCAAGAUCAUGGUCCAGUUUACUUACAACAGCAACUUCUUUCACAAAUCUGUAAAACAACAAAGAUGAUAAUACCUUGCAUUGAAUCAGGAAAACACAUACUAAGAGAAAGACUUCGCCAAAAGCAAGCACUUGUAGUGCUCGAUGAUGUGGAUGAGGUGGAACAACUGAAUGCUUUAUCUGGAAAUGGUAAAUGGUUUGGUCCAGGAAGUAGAAUAAUUAUCACAACCAGAGAUGAACAUUUACUAAGAUUUCUUAACGUGGAUGUGGACCAUGUAUAUAGAGUAAAGAAUAUGGACAAAAAUGAAUCUAUUGAGCUUUUCAGUUGGCAUGCGUUUAGGCAGCCGAGUCCUAGAGAAGGAUUUGUUGAACUUUCUAGAAAUGUAGUUGCUUAUUCUGGAGGACUACCACUAGCUCUUGAAAUUCUUGGCUGCUAUUUGCUUGAUAGGGAAGUGACAGAGUGGAAGAGUGUACUGGACAAACUAAAAAAAAUCCCAAAUCGUCAGAUACAAAAGAAGCUACAAAUAAGCUUUGAUGGUUUAAAUGAUGAGAGAGAGAAGGAAAUCUUCCUUGACAUAUCUUGCUUCUUUAUUGGAAUGGAUAGGAAUGAUGUCACACAGAUAUUGAAUGCCAGUGGAUUGUUUGCAGACAUUGGAAUUAGUGUCCUUGUGGAGAAAAGCCUCGUGACCAUUGAUGAGAAGAACAAGCUUGGUAUGCAUGAUUUGUUACGAGAUAUGGGAAGAGAAAUAAUCCGUGAAAAGUCACCGAAAGAAUUUGGAAAGCGUAGUAGGUUAUGGUCUCAUGAGGAUGUGAUCGAUGUGUUAUCAAAACAUAUAGGUACAGAAUCUGUGGAGGGGCUAGCUUUGAAUCUGUCACAAGAUGGUAAAGUUUAUUUUUUAACCAAAGCAUUUAAGAAGAUGAAGACACUCAGACUGCUUCGUCUUGCUAAUGUGGAACUUGAUGGAGACUAUAGACACAUUAGUAGAGAUCUCAAAUGGCUCUGUUGGCACAAAUUUCCUUUCAAAUACAUCCCUGCCAACUUCCUUCAAAAUAAUUUAGUCGCUAUUGAAUUAAAAUACAGCAGUCUGAGACUCUGGAGGGAGCCCCAACUACCAAAUCUUGAAAAGUUGAUCCUCAAAGAUUGUCCAAGUUUGGCCACGAUACAUAAUACAAUAGGGCAUCUUGGUAAAAUUCAUCUAAUAAAUUUGAAGGAUUGUACUGGCCUUUGUAGUCUCCCAAGAAGCAUUUAUGAAUUGAAGUGCUUAAAAACUCUCAUUCUUUCUGGUUGUUUGAUGAUAAAAAAGUUAGAGGAAGAUAUAGAGCAGAUGGAUUCUUUGUCAACUCUAAUUGCAGAUAACACAGCAAUAACUGAAGUACCCAUUUCCUUGGUGAGAUCAAAAAGCAUUGGCUAUAUAUCUGUUUGUGGUUACCAAGGGCUUGCACGUCAUGUGUUUCCGUCCCUCAUUUGGUCAAGGAUGUCUCCAACGAACAAUCCUCUUUCUCUUAUUCCGAGAUAUGCUUGCACGCCAUCUUCAAUUUUCUUAUGUGAAAACAAUUGCAGUAUCUCAUGUCCUUCAUCGAUUCAUGACAACCUUCUAAAGCCCCAAAGCCUUUCAUUGGAAUGCACAUCAGAGAAUGAAGCUAAGGUAAAUCGAGAUGCUACAAAAAUCUUGGAUUCCUUGUGUGCCAUAAGUAGCAGGGACAUGGCAAAGACACCAAAUACUUCAAAAAUCUUGGAGAUUGAAUCUUCUGUGUUGGCUGAUCAUCAUAGUCAAGUUGACAUCUCAAGGCCAAACGAAUGUUUGAGACAUCUUCUAAUUCAUAUUGGAAACAAUGACCAAGUCACUAAUGCUCUUUCAGAAAGUAUUUUACAGGGACUAACUGUCAGAGAUGAUGGUGAUGAUUGUGUCCUCCCGGGUGACAAAUAUCCCUAUUGGCAAUGCUUCAAGGGUGAAGGAGCUUCUGUAAAAUUUAAAGUGCCUCUAGUUAGUAGCCAUGAGUUAAAAGGGAUGACUGUUUGCUGUGAAUAUCACCCCUCAGGUGAUUUGGGAAAUGUGGAUAUUGACUCUUUCAUUACCAUGGUGAUCACAAACUAUACAAAGACAACGACACUACUCUAUGGGCGAGGCGUAGUGACUUCCUUUGAAGAAGCAAAUUGGAAGGAAAUAAUAUCAAAUCUGGACUCUAAUGAACAAGUGCAUAUCAUUAUACUUUUUGGUAAUGGGUUCAUUGUGAAAAGAACAGCAAUUUACUUGAAAUAUGACGAGUCAUUUGAUGAACUGAUAGAGGAUCCACCAUCAUCAAGUAGAGAAUUGCAUAGGGAUGAUAAAAACCAUGAUUUCAAGCUGUCGGAGGCUAAGCGUCAGAGAGGAGAGCCUAGGAAAGGGUAUUGGUUCGAAAGAGCUGCUGCUUUGAAAUUAUGGAAGAAAAGCAAAUCAAGAAGCAGCAGUUUAGCAGACAUUCAGAAGCCUGAAGACCUUAACAUUGGGAAGAGGUGGUUUCAUUUUUCAAUGGAUGUGACGGACCUUGAGCCACAUUCUUCUACUUCACAUGGACAGAGACCUGCUAGGAGGCUGAGAGAAGAUGAGAAUCCGUCUGGAUUACCUCUUCCGGUAAAUGAUGUUUCUGCCAACAAUGGAGUUGGAGAUGAAAGUAGUAUUUCCUACUGCGAAAACCCAGCUUGCAAAGCUGCCCUAAGUGAAGCAGAUGUGUUCUGUAAAAGAUGCUCAUGCUGCAUUUGUCAUAACUAUGAUGAAAACAGAGAUCCUAGCCUUUGGUUAAACUGUAGCUCUGAGCCUCCAUUUGUUGGUGUUUCGUGUGGCUCGUCAUGUCAUCUUGAGUGUGCUUUAGAGCAUGAUAAUUCUGGCAUUGCCGAAGAUGGGAGACGUCCCAAGCUUGAUGGAAGCUUCUACUGCAUCUCAUGUGGGAAAGUGAAUGAUUUGCUCGGGUGCUGGAGAAAGCAGCUGAUUAUUGCAAAGGGUACUAGGCGCGUCGACGUGCUUUGCCAUUGUGUUUCCUUGUGCCAAAGAAUGUUACAAGGGACUGAAAAGUAUACAGAACUUCAUGAAAAUGUUAAUGAGGCAGUGACGAAACUUGAGCCUGAAUUAGGCCCACUAGCUCAUUCACCAGUGAAGAUUGGUAGGGGCAUUGUGCACAGACUUUCUUCAGGGCCAGAGGUUCAGAAACCCUGUGGUGCGGCUUCUUCUAUGCCUGCGCGAAGGUAG